AUGGCGGAUUUGACGAUUGCUUCCAGCGCAGCGACCAGCAGCGAUCCGGCUGCCACUUCAGCAGCAACUGCGUUAACAACCACGGAUGCUGCUGCUGCUGGUGCGGUGGCGGCGCCGCCGUCGUCGUCGUCGUCCUCGGCAGCAUCAUCAGCAUCAUCAGAACCGGCCCCUCCGCAGUCGGAUGCGUCUGCGUCUGCGUCUGCCGCAACCCCAGCUGCUCCGGCCGCGCGCCCAAACACAAUGACCAUCUCGAUCGACGAGUUUGCAAUGAUGCAGCACGAGCUGGUCUCGCUCAAGACGGCCAAGUACGAGUUUGCCGAGAAGGAAAAGCGUUACAUUGGCCAGCUGGCACAGCUCGAGGAGCUCCAGCAGAUCAAGGACAAGAAGGUCAAGGUCGCCGACAUUCUGGCCGAGAAGACGCAGCUCAAGAAGCGGCUCGACACGCUCACCGACGAUUUCCGGAACAUGGACACGGAGCUCAAAAAGCUGCGACCAGAGAGCAAGGCCAACAAAACAAAGCUGGACGAGACCCUGGCCGCACUGACCCGCGAGCAGCAGGCGCACACGCAAGCAGCAGAUAAGCUGAGCAAGCUCGAAACGACCCACGCCGCCACCGCCAAGCAGGCGGCCACGCUCCAGUCGGCACUGGAGCAGGAGAGACUCGAAAAGCGCGCCUUGAUGGCAGGUAGCGGGACUCAAGCAACCGCUGCUCUUGUGGACGGCGCGGCCUCUUCUGCAGACGCUCCUUCGGGUGACUCGACAGCGGCAGCGUCAGCCCCUUCUGCGGCCGGUAAUGCGGAUGGCAGCACGGCGAGCGGAGGUGCCGUUGCCGAACUCGUCCGCGAGAUGGAGCAGCUUCGAAAGUCGCUCGAGGAGGCGCGUGCCGCUAAGGACGGUCUGCAGGCAGACUUGGACGCUCGCCAAACAGAGUACGCUGCGGCCCAGGCCUUGAGCAAGACGUCGAGCCAGGCUUCGGAGACCGAGCUGGCCGCCUUGCGAGCGACCAACGAGAAGCAGCAAAAGGAGCUGGCCGAGCUGCGCGAAGCCAAGGAGUCGCUCGAGACAUCGGAGGGCGAGCUUGUUGCCCAAACCAUGCGCUUGAGUGAACGCGUCGCGGGUCUGGACGACAAGUGUGCGACAUCGGUGGCAGAGUGCCAAACACUCACCAAGACGGUUGCCGACUUGACCGCGUCGCUCAAGCAAAAGACUGACGAGCAUGAAGCUGCCACCACUCAGGUCAAGUGGAUGCAGACUCGGCUGCAGAGCGAAGUCGAGGCGCACGACCAGGUCAAGCAGAACCUGGCCAAGUCUGAAAAGAAACUGGCCGAGUCCAAAGAAGAGACGGCUGCCGUUCGCGCAACCUACACGUCAACGCUGCAGAGCCUCCAGCAAACCGAAAAGACCAAGCAGCAGGAGCUGGAGCAGCGUGACCGCGAAGUCUCGGAGCACAAAGCAAAGCUCGAGCGUGGCCAGACGGAGAGCGAUCUGUUGUGGGGCCGCAUCAAGGACGCCACGACGCUGGCUGAAACGAACGCGCAGCAGCUUGCUCAAGCGCAGCAGACCAACACGUCGAUGCAGCAGCAAUUGGAGCAAGAGCGGGAGACAGUGACAAUGCUCCUCGACAACAAGAAGCUGCUGGAAGAGCGCGUCAACACGCUGGAGCUUGUCCAAGCAACCAAGUUUGAGCUGGACUCCAAACUCCUCGACGCCAACGCGAAAAUCCAGGGCUUGGAAGGCACCAUCAGCACACUGGAGCAGAAUCUCACCACCGCGAACGCAACCAUUGUUGCUCUUGAAACCGACAAGCAGGCUCUCACCGAGACUGUCAGUACCAUGACUGAGGAAGCUGCAACUACCGCCGCUACAUUGCAGGAGGUCACCGGUACUCGUGAUCGACUGCAGGCCACGCUGGAGGAGCGGGAUGCCAAAAUUUCUGAUUUGGAAGAGCAGGUUUCGCAGCUGACGGCCACGCACGCCGAGCUGCAACAAGCGUACGCGACUGCCGUGCACGAUCACGAGACAGCCAUCACGAGCUCCAAUGAACAGAUUCAAGAGCUCACGACCAAGCUGGCGGAUGGUGAAGUCGACAAGCAGAUUCUGCAUCGCAAGAUGGCAAUGCAGGCAAAAGACUUUGCCAAGCAGCUCAAAAUUGCCCAAAAGCGAGCCGCCGACCUCGACAACCCAACAGCGCCGCACUCUCCUUACAGCGGCUCGUCGUUGGGUCGCCAGUCCUCCUUCUCGAGCAUGUCUCGUACCUCUGAAUUCACCUCGUCCGUGCCUGCGACUCCCUCGCACCAUCAUCCUGGAUUGCACGACGGCUACAAUGGCGGCUCCCAACGCACCUCGAUGCUCAUCGAAGAGGAUUCCGUUCCGCCAUCGCCGUCGCACAACGGACGCCCCGGCAGCAUGGUUAUCGACGACAACACGAGCGAGAUGAGCGUUCUCGAGGAAGACAACAAGCUCCUUCUUCAGCGAGUUGUUGAUCUCCAAAAGCGCCUGGAUCGCCGUGAAGAAAAGGUGUCGUUCUUGGAGGACCACGCAAAGGCACUCACUGACCAAGUCGCUCAAAAGACCAAGAUUCUCCAGCACUACUUUGCUCGCGAGGAUAUGGGCACGCUCACACCUGAAAAGUUUGACUACGACCGCGAGCAGCGCUCCAAGAGCAAGGGCAUGAUGGCGUCCAUGUUUGGCAGCAAGCAGCAAGACAGCACCAUCACGCUUUCGCUUUGCCUUGAAAUGAACAAGCGAUUCCAGUCGCUGCUUGAAGACAUGACCCUGAAGAACAUUCGCCUUCAGGAGAGCAUGGACACCAUGGGUGCCGAAGUGGCGCGCUUGCAGGGUCUUCUCGGCGUCGGAGACGAGCCGCGCACGCCCGACUAUGCCACUCGCCGCUUCCCAGCUGAGGUUGUGCUCGAGACGGCGUCCGCCCCAUCCACGCCUGCAAGGCACCCGGCAAACGAGAUUCCUGCCCAGUCGCUCACAGACAGCGCGAGCGUCCUCACCGUGACUGACGCGGCUCGCGUACCGUCGUCGCGUGAGCAUCCUCACGUGGACGUGUCGCAUCCCGACUCGGUCGAGAUUGUUCUGACCACCGCGACACCGCUCGCUGACGCUCCAGUGGACUUGUCCCUGGCAGCUCCUGCAGCCGAUGAUAACGCUUCUGUCCCUGUCGCAGAUCUUGCACCCGAACAGGCUUCUGUCCCUGUCGCAGAUCUUGCACCCGAACAGGAUUCUGCCCAAGAACCCGCAGCUGUCGAGCCUGCAGUUGCUGAGCAAGCACCUGUUGAGCAAGCACCUGUUGAGCCUGCCGCUGUUGAGCCUGCCGCUGUUGAGCCUGCCGCUGCUGCACCAGAGCCUGCCGCUGCUGCUGAACAACCUGCGCCCGUCGAGGCACCCGCUCUAGAGUCAUCGCCAGCGGAAGACCAGCCCAUUCAGCAAGCCGACGCGCCCGAGAUUGCUCCCGAUUCUACCAUUGCAGCCGAGCCAUUGCCAGAACAGGCAUCCGACGAAGCUCAGCCUGAUGCCAACCCAGUCACCGAUGCGGCCGCUGAAUCAGCUCCGCUGCCCGACGCAGUCCCUGCCGAAGAGACGACUCCUGAUGUGCCAUCGCAGGAUGAGGCCUCGGAAGACUCUCUGCUUUGA